AUGAUUUAUUUUUUUGUUCUUUUGGCAGUAGUAAGUUCUGUUUAUGUGGGAACAGAAGUUUGUACAACCUAUAAUGCAGAUGCAGCUCUUUGCAAUGCUUCAGGAUAUUGUAGACAUGAUGGAACCGAUUGUGUUAAUCUACCUUGUUAUAUGGUAAAUGAAGUAGCAGCUUGUAGGUCUGGGCCUUCAGGAAGUGGUAUUCCAACAGGAGCUCUAUCAUCUAAAUGUGACUCAUUAGAAUAGUUUAGUUUACAAUAUGACAAUGUUUGUGUUGAUAAAGGAGAUGGUAAAUUGAAUUUUGCUUUUGUUCGGUUCUCUAAAACCACAGAUGGAUCAGCUCUUUAAACAACUGGUACUACAACUACACUUGUUGGAGCAUUGGCUGCUACUGAAGCAAAUAUGUUUGCAUUAUACACAAUAAAUCCAUGGAAAUCUCCUGAAGCAAGUCAAACUGCAGCAACAUUAUAAACAGAGUUGGAAGCAAUAUUAGACAGAUACAUAUUAUUUUAUUAAGUAUUAAUUGAAACUACAAAUUCUCAUCCAUUCUAUUUAGAAAGAACUGCAUAUUAAGCAUUACAAUUAAUAAGAGUAUUAUAAAUAAAAUUAAUGAUAGGAUUAAGUAGGUUUUGAUUAUACAAUGAGAAGAGCAAUUCUACCUAAAAUAUGGUAAGUUGCUGAGAUAGCCUUAUUUAGAAUUGCUAAAUUUUCACCUGCUUAUUAUCAAACAAAUUAUUAUUUCCUCAAUUUUGCAUCAUGUCCAUAUUCUAGAAGAGAAUUAAAGAUUAAUGGAUAAUUACACACAGUUAGAAUUGAUUGGGUUGAUUAUACAUACACUGUAAAUGGAUAUAUGUAAGUUUAUUCUUAUGCUGCUGAAUAAUUUGGAAUUAGAAAUGCUCUUUCUGACAUAAUAGCAUUGAGACCAACAACUUCUGUUGCUACAGCUAAUGCAAUUAAUUUAGAUACUGGAUUUACAGAUUUCUAUUUAGAAUGGACUUGGACUGACACAAAUUUAGUUGUUGUUGAAAAAGAUAUCAAAUUAUAUUAAUUUGAUGAAAGUGCUGCAACAGCAACUUAAGUUGUUAUAUAAGUAACUACAACUAUCACUUGUACAACUGCUACAAAAACAUGUAAAACGGAUCCUAUAACAACACCAAUAACUUCAGCGACUACUAGAAUCAAUUAUUAUUUUAGUUAUGGUCCUGGUAAAUGUGUUGAUAAAACUGAAGUUUAAUGCAAAUUAUCAAUUGAAUAAGGAGCAUAAUGUAAUUAUAACGCAGCUUUAACAACUGAUUAUAAAUGUUCCUGA